AUGAGUACCCAGCCACACACUGUGACCAAGGCAGAGAUCCCUGGCCAUGUUCUUUACACCGUAGGAACGUGUGUGCUCAUUAUUGGCUCCAUCGGCAUCAUUGGAAACCUCCUAGUCCUCUACGCAUUUUACAGCAACAAGAAGCUGAGGACUCCCCAAAACUACUUUAUAAUGAAUUUAGCUGUGAGCGACUUCCUGAUGUCGGCUUCUCAGGCACCCAUGUGCUUUGUCAACAGCUUGCACAGAGAAUGGAUACUUGGAGACAUAGGCUGUAACCUGUAUGCUUUCUGUGGGGCUCUCUUUGGGAUAACCUCAAUGAUGACUCUGCUGGCCAUCUCUGUGGACCGCUACCUGGUGAUCACAAAGCCCUUGCAGUCCAUCCAGUGGACUUCCAAGAGACGCACCGUGCAGAUCAUCGCCCUGGUGUGGCUCUACUCGCUGGGAUGGAGCGUGGCUCCGCUCCUCGGCUGGAGUUCCUAUGUGCCUGAGGGCCUGAUGAUAUCCUGCACAUGGGACUAUGUAACCUACUCCCCUGCAAACAGAAGCUACACCAUGAUUUUAUGCUGCUGUGUGUUUUUUAUCCCCCUGGUAAUAAUAUUCCACUGCUAUUUAUCGAUGUUCCUGGCCAUAAGGCGUACUGGCAGAGAUGUUGAAAAGCUGGGGUCCUGCAGCCGGAAAUCCUACCUCUCUCAGUCCAUGAAGAAUGAGUGGAAGCUGGCAAAAAUUGCUUUUGUAGUCAUCAUUGUGUUUGUCUUGUCCUGGUCUCCAUAUGCUUGUGUCACCUUAAUUGCCUGGGCAGGUCGAGGCAACAGCCUAACACCAUAUUCCAAAUCUGUGCCAGCAGUUAUUGCCAAAGCUUCUGCAAUCUACAACCCCAUCAUUUAUGCAAUAAUUCACCCAAGAUACAGGAAAACCAUCCACAAAGCUGUUCCCUGCUUGAGGUUCCUGAUACGAAUAUCAAAGAAUGACCUCCUGAGGGGAUCCAUAAAUGAGUCAUCCUUCAGGACCUCUCUCUGCAGCCACCACUCUCUUGCUGGCAGGACCAAGAGCACUUGUGUUUCCUCUGUUUCUACUGGAGAAGCUACCUGGAGCAAUGUAGAGCUCGACCCUGUGGAGCCAGCUCAAGAGAAACUGAAGCCUCGCCGAAGUCAUUCUUUCUCCACAGGUGUGAGACAAGAGAAAAGAGACCUGCUCCCAAAGACCUGCAGCUGUGAUGCAGCCACUGCCCCAAAGGUUUCACUCUCCUCCAGUUCUUUGGAGAAGGUGCUUGGGCAGCCUGCCCUACCCAGUCCUUCUGGAGCACUCAUGACCAGCUCCCUGAGAGCAACUUCUCUGCCUGUCAGAUUGAAUAGCAGCAGUGUCACCAGUGGAGACUCAAGUACUUCCCAUAUGGCAGCUCAAGGAAGUCAAGUGAAUGGAAUUGUGGAUUCUCUGACUAGCAAUGCAGUCCCUCGCAUCAUCAUCAUUCCUACCUCAGAGACCAAUCUGUUUCAGGAAGAACUGGAAGAGGAAGAGACUGAAUUAUUCCACUUUCAUGACAAAAAGAGCAAUCUGCUGGACUUGGAAGGGCUUAGCUCAUCCAUGGAGUUCCUUGAAGCUGUUGAGAAAUUUCUAUCCUAA